AUGUCGAAUCCUUUUGUGACCAUUGACGAUUUUUUAAGCAUGCCCGUUUUUUUCUGGCAUACUGUUGGUGUGGAUCCCUAUAAAACUGUCACUGAUAAAAUUAAGAGAUGGAAGCUUCGCGUGAACUACAUUAUCCAGAUUUUGAAUCUGAACUUUAUACUCGCAAUGGAGCUUGCUUUCUUGUACCUGAGCUUCAAGAAUAGUGAGAACUUUGUGCAAGCCUGCAUGGUGAUGGCCUUCGUUGGAUUUGUCUGUGUGGGAGAACUAAAAAUAGUCAAGGUCUGGUGGCAAAGAAACCACCUCGAUGCUUUGGUGCGGGAAAUGGAGUCGAUAUUUCCAUCUCCCGAAGCAGAAGCUCAAGACAAAUAUCAAGUCGAUCUCUACCGCAAACGAUGCCGUUGGAUAAUGAAGUUCUUAAUCUCAAUUUUUCUAAUACUCAUUACCACAUACAAUCUAUUUGACAUUGUGCAGUUCAUCACCCAUCGAUACGUAUUGAAGGUGUCAGAUGCCAGAAUGGCCAUGCCCUAUACGCCGAUAUCCCCUUGGGGUCUCGACACUAAAAUGGGAUUUACAACGAUGUAUGCCUUGCAGGCCUUGGCUGGAUAUACUUGUACUGCUGGUCAACUGUCUAGCGCCAUUCUUAUUUAUGGAGUCGUUAUGCAGGACAUCAUGCACUUCGAUUAUUUAUCGAGGACCCUGAAAGGCUUAAAACUCUCACUUGCAACUUAUGCUGAGGAUCUGAAAGUUCUACAACAGUUAAUCAUUUACCAUAACAAGCUAAUGAGAAUUACAGAUGUCAUAAAUGAAGUUUUCGGUGUAACCCUGCUAUUGAAUUUCUUAGCAUCUUCUAUACUUGUAUGCAUGUUAGGCUUUCAGAUCAGCAUUGGACUAAGCCCAGAACUAGUCUACAAGAUGUUUAUUUAUCUAGUAGCGGCUACUAUGGAGACCUAUCUUCUUUGUUACUUUAGCGAUUCUCUUAUUGUUGCUAGUGAAGGAGUUUCUUGGGCGGUUUAUGAAAUGAAUUGGUUGGAGACCGAUCGCAGAUUUGCUAAAAUGCUUAUAUUGAUUGCAGUUCGGGCCCAGAAACCAGUAUUUCUUAAAGCAACUGUGUUUCUAGAUAUCUCCAUGGAGACUAUGACUAAAUUUCUUCAAGUAAGCUACAGAUUCUUCUGUGUCAUUCGUACUAUGUAUGGUUAG